GCCAUCUUCAGAAUCUAGGGUUUUAGAGCGCUCAACCAAGGAAGUGAGAAAGGGAGAGAGCAGCCGUUGCAGAGCUCGCCAAAAAAUGGUCAAGUUCUUGAAGCCUAACAAGGCCGUGGUCAUCCUUCAAGGUCGAUUCGCAGGUCGCAAAGCAGUUAUCAUCCGAUCCUUCGAUGAUGGCACUCGUGAUCGUCCCUAUGGCCACUGCUUAGUUGCUGGGGUCGCUAAAUAUCCAAAGAAGGUGAUUCGUAAGGACUCAGCCAAGAAGACUGCGAAGAAGUCUCGAGUGAAGAUAUUCAUCAAGCUCGUCAACUACAACCACAUAAUGCCCACUCGUUAUACCCUUGAUGUCGAUCUCAAAGACGUUGUCACUCUCGAUAUCUUUCAAUCUCGUGAUAAGAAGGUCACGGCUUUGAAGGAGACUAAGGGUCGGUUCGAGGAGCGGUUCAAGACGGGAAAGAACAGGUGGUUCUUCACCAAGCUCAGAUUCUAACUCAAAAUGAUAGAAUCACUCUGCUAGAGAUUAUUGUUUUAGCGGGCAUUGAUGCCUUUACUUUGUUGAUUUUGAGGAAUCUAUAGUUCGAGAAUUGGGGUUUUGGACUCGUUCACGGUAGCAUUUUGUGUUAAUCAAGAUGAUCUUAACAUAUUUUUCUUAAUUACCGGAAAAUGAGAAUGAAUUUCUGCUUUGUCUCAUUU